AUGGAGCAAAUGCAAAAUUUCAUUAAAGGCCUCAAGAGUCAAACACAUAUAUUGCUAGAUGUUUAUGCGAGAGGCACAAUUAGACAAAUAACCGAACCACAAGUAAAGGACAUCAUCGAAAAGAUGUGCAUGAAUGAGUAUCGUUCUAAAAGUGAAAGAUCGGUUAAGCUCGAAACUAGUGGCACGCCUAAAGGCAUGUCAACUGUUGAUACUCAUACUGCAUUAUUAGCUCAAGUUGAAUUGUUAAAUAAGCAGCUAGCUAAAGGCUGCUUAAAUAAAGCUAACGUGAGCCAGGUACAAUCACUUAAGUGUGACUUUUACGGAAGAGGAUAUGAAAACGUAAGAUGUUUGUUGGAAGGGGUAAUUGAAGAGGUCCAAUUUGCAAAUGUUUAG